AUGUACUCGUCGGGCUACGACCAGAGCACGUCGCGGUCCCCCAUUGCCCAACGAAACCAGCCCCAGCCCGGCUCUCUGCACCGAAUGCCCUCGCGCCAGUUCGACGCCUACGGCCAAGUGCCCCAGCCCAACAUGUACGCCCAGGACGACCACCAGCGCGCUUACGAACAGCCUCGCUCCUACGAGCGCCUCAACCAGACCAUCCACGCCGGCAGCUACGGCUACGACAUGGCCUCGGCUGCCGCCUGGAACACGAAUGCCUUUGCCCAGAACACCGGCCUGGGCUCGCUGGGGGGUGCCGCCGCCGCCCGCAUCAAGUCGCAGCAGCGCCAGGGCGGCCGCAGUGCGCUGCCAUCGGGCUGGAUGGACCAGCAGCAGCAGCCCCAGGGUCUGCCCAGCUUCGCCCUCAGCAACACCAACCUGAACACGAUGCAGACCAACAGCUACGGCCACGACGUCGACGAGGAGCUCAUCCCCACGGCCAUCGUCAUCAAAAACAUACCCUUUGCCGUGAAAAAGGAGCAGCUGGUUUCGCUCAUGACGGAGCUGCGUCUGCCCCUGCCCUACGCCUUCAACUACCACUUUGACAAUGGCGUCUUCCGCGGCCUGGCCUUUGCCAACUUCACAACGGCCGAGGAAACCGCCGCCGUCAUCGAGUCGAUGAACCACUUUGAGCUCAACGGCAGGAAACUGCGCGUCGAGUACAAGAAGAUGCUGCCGCUCGCCGAGCGCGAGCGCAUCGAGCGCGAGAAGCGUGAGCGCCGCGGACAGCUCGAGGAGCAACACCGCCCGCUCGGUGGCGGCCUGCAGUCGCAGGCGUCGUUUGGCUCUCUUGCCUCACACAUGCCCGCCACUUCGCCUUCGCCCGUCUCCGCCAUGAGGGGCAGUGGCCAAAAGACCGUCGAUGUCGACCUCAACGACCCCCAGUCGCUGCAGUUUUACACGCAGCUCCUCCUGUUCAAGGAGUCCAAGGACCGUGACAGCAUGACGUUCCCGGCCAACCUGGCUCCGCUGCAGCGCCGCACUAUCCACACGCUGGCUCACCAGCUCGGACUUGCGCACAUUUCAAAGGGUACCGGCGACCAGCGCCAGGUGCACAUUUUCAAGGUCUACGACAACCAGGGCCUCAGCCCUCCCAUGCCGCAGAUGUCGAGCAGCAACCCCAUGGAGCAGCCUCGCCGCAACCUCAACCGUGCCGCCACGACCGACUUUAGCGAUGUGCGCGCCGAGGGCGGCUUCUACAAUGCCUUCAACCGACAGCCAUCGGGUCUUCUUGGGUUUCCGGAUUCGCCUGGCGGACUGAAUGCGGUGCCCAAUCUGCGUGGCGCCAAGUCGUAUGCCGACCUCAGAUCAUACACGCCAUCGCCAGCCCCAUCGACUGCCAGCCAUCCCAUUGGCCGGCCUGGCGGCAUCUCACUCGAGGGGCUUGGCUACAGUGGCAGCUCGACCAAUCCCAACGGUACGCCCACUACCGGUUCCAUGUCUCAGCGCGACGACGGGCUGCUCGAACGGGAAAUGAGUCGCAUGCAGCUUUCGUCUGGCUAUCCGCAGAACAGCAGCCCGCGAUCGCUGCGACAGAUGACGUCGUGGGACGCUCCCGGCCCCAUUGGGGGCCACCGCACCUUCAGCACAAACUACGACGACCGUCCAUCGCGACAGCCUCGCGGCCCGCUUCCGGAACGAGGACAAGGCUUCAGCCGGCCGCGACAGAAUGGACACCAGAACCGCGGCAGCGACGAACUGUCGUCGCAAUCCAACGUGGAGAUUCUUGUAGGCCAGUAG